AUGGAUGAAUGCGAAAGUCUAAGUAGAGAGGGAUUAAGAACUUUGGCGAUAACUUAAAAAUAUUUGACAGAGGAUAAUCUUAAAAAUUUUACUACUGAACAUGAGAAGGCUAAGUAUUAAAUGGGAGAAAGAGAGGCUCACUGUUCAAAAAUUUUGGACUUUUAUGAAAAUGAUAUGGAAUUAUUGGGAUUAACAAGAGUUAAAGAUAUGUUCUAGGAAGACAUUUAUGCAACAUUAGAAUCUAGAAAAAUGCAGGAAUAUAAAUCUGGAUGUUAACUGGAGAUAAAGUAGAAACUGCUUAAUGUCUAGCAAUUUCAACUGGAUUGA